GCAGCCCCGCCCUCAGCGACAGGAGGACGUGGGCCGAUACUCACCUGGACGGCUCGGCGUUAACAAAGCAGCACGAAAAAUCAAUCCUGGGAGAAAUUAUGCGCACCAAAUGAAACCAGCGCCUCUGACUUCCAGUAGCCGCGGACGGGUUCAAAAUGGAUGAGGUGUUUUUUAAAUCGGUUUUACCUGCUCAGGAGUCGCUUGUGCUGGAGGACACCAGCCUGGCUAUGCCGGCCGAGGAGAAUAUAAUAUCCCCGACCAAAGUUAAUUCAUACGAGAAGAGCCUGCGUGUUCACCAGCAAGUCCAGCUCACACUCGCACGAAGGGGGAAGAGGGCAGCGUCAAAUGGUAGUAUCCAUUUACAGAAGAACACACCCUGGCAUUCUGAUGUUAGAGAUGGACCCUCACCAAAUAUGAAGGUAAAUGGAAUGGGCUACAGUGAUCACUCUUUGUCAAACGGCCAUGUGCGGAGACCAUCCAGGAGGGUGGAAGUGUCUCCUGCAACAAGCCCAUUGUCGCCUCGCAGCCACAUGGCUCACUGGACGGUCCGUUUUGGGACAUGCCCUCCCCCGGGUCCCAGUCAGCCACCAGCAACAGGCCCUCCGCUGAACCACUCACUCGGGUCCGAUUCAUUUCGCCGUUACGCCUUCUCCGAGGUGCCCCGUGGUACACAGAUGCACGCAUCCACGUCUGCUCACAGGAGCUAUGGCCGCACGUCCAUCAAACAGACAGCAGGGCCACAGCCCCUGUUGGCAGAUGCCACAUUGCAGCACAGUAAACGCAACCACUUUUCCCAGAGUCACCUCAAAACUGAUAUCCCAAAGGAGAGAAGUAGUGUGCGGAGACAAGGUGGCUAUGGAACCCUUGGUGCUAGCCAGCGUGGGGACGGGGUGGCCUGGCUAGCUCAGGUCAGGAGCCAGGGACUACGCAGACUGAAUUCAUACCCACCCUCAGUGGUCAGCAUGGAGGUGGACAUGGCAAAGAGGUUGGAGCCAGACCUCCCUAUUCAGCAGAUACAGUCCAAGAACCUCACAGCAUCAAAGUUGGAGAGCAAGGCUCCAGAGCUGACAUUGGAGAGAGCUGUGAAUCUGCUGACUCAGGACAACGAGGACACACUGAUCUGUGCAGCCAGCCUCAUACAGAAUCAAUGUUUUAACAGUGCUGAUGCUAAAAAAAUGGUAUUCUAUCUCCAUGGGAUUGUGAAGCUCCUGCCCCUCCUCCAGAAUGACAACGAGGAGGUGCAGCGUGCCGCCGCGGGGGCUCUGCGCAACAUCGUCUUCCAAAACAACGAAAACAAGAUGGAGGUGAAGGAGAAUGGAGGCGUGGGCACCAUCCUCGAUGUGCUGAAGAGCAGCCGUGAUGUGGAGACCAGACGGCAGCUUACAGGUCUGCUCUGGAACCUCUCCUCUCAUGACCUUUUGAAGGAGCACCUCUCCAGGGAGGCCUUACCCGUCCUCACCAAGACAGUCCUGGUGCCCAGCUCUGGUUUAUCUGAGGGUGAGAACCCUAAAGAUGAGCUCCUAGCUGACUCGGAGGUUUUCCACAACGCCACGGGCUGUCUGCGAAAUGUAAGCUCAGCUGGUCCAGAUGGCAGGAAAGCAAUGAGGGAGUGUGAGAAUCUCAUUGACUCUCUGGUGUACUACAUCCGUGGCACCAUAGCUGAUUAUAAGCCAGAUGAUAAGUCCACAGAGAACUGCGUGUGUAUCCUGCACAACCUCUCCUAUCAGAUCGAGGCAGAACUUCCCCAGAAGUACGCCAAAGAAAUCCAUGAAUCUCGGCAGAAUUCGGCCCCCAAGGCCAAAAGUCCAGGCUGUUUUGGUUAUCGCAGCGCCAAGAUCACAGAGGAUCUGCAGCGGCAGUGCCCCCUGCUGGAGGAGAAGGCAAACCCUCAUGGAAUAGAGUGGCUGUGGAGUGCCAUCACUGUUCGGAUGUACCUGUCACUGAUGGCCCGCAGCCUGCGUCACUUCACGCAGGAGGCUGCCAUAGGAGCCCUGCAGAACAUCACAGCUGGAAAUGGGAUGGUGACUGAAGCCAUCGCCCACACCAUUGUUCAACGUGAAAAUGGCCUCCAGCAGGUCAGGAAGAUGUUACAGGAGGGAGAGAGCGAUGUGAAGAGGACAGCUGUGUCUCUAGUGAAAAACCUCUCACGCUACAGGGAACUGCACGCCGACAUUGUCAAACAGGUGUUGCCAGAGCUGGUGGGCAUGCUGCCCAACAACGACACGGGCUCAGACGUGCCCACGGAGGUGACGGCUUCCCUGUGCCACAUCCUCAUCAACCUCAGCCAGAACGAGACACAGCACGUUAAAGCCAUACUCAACCAUGGAGCGCUCCCCAAGAUCAUCAACAUCAGCACCAAGGAUACCGGUUAUGGACCAACGCGGGCGGGUCAGGCAGCAUGCAUCCUGCUGCACAGCAUGUGGAACCACAGUGAGCUCCACGGGGCCUACAAGAAGGGCGGCUAUAGGAAAUCCGAUUUCAUCAAUGCGAGGACAACAAAGGCUGUGAACUCGUUGCGAGACUGAGCAUAAGACCCCCUGACAACAAACUGAAGAUGCAGCUCUUGUAGACCUUGUUGACAAUUUUGGUCUCAAUUUACUAAAUGCACUGUUUACUGUAAAUAAGCAUAUGAUUUCUGAUUGUUAGUUUCAUAAAGUUAUGCUGUCAUGUUUAGUUGUUUUUCUAUGUUGUGUUAAAAUGUGUUGCCAUUAAUAUGUUGUGUGGAAAAAUGUGUUGUCUUAAAGAAGACCCACAGAUGUGUAAAGUAUUUACAUUUUUUUUUUUUUUUUUUUAGCUUUGUUAGCAUUCCUCAUUGAAACCAGUGAAUCCUACCAGUGAAUCCUACCAGCCUUUCCUGCAGGAAAACUGAUGUACAAAUGUAGAGUCUUUCCCUAUGAUCAACAACUAUCUGAAGACAAUGAGGAAACUAAAAUUGAAGGUAUCAGGAUGUUCUUUUUGUUAUUUGUGUAGUGUUUUUUUUGUUUUGUUUUGUUAGUAUGCGUAAGCUGAAACUGAAACACAAUAGCGGCAGCUCAACAGGUUUACACUCCUGCUGUGUAUUCUCAAGCAUUUAAGAUGUUGUUCACAUGUAAUUAUACAGAAAACCAGAGGGAAAGUGUCAGAAGAGCAAAGCACUUGCAAAGGAUGAAAAUCAAAGAAGGAAAAACAAUUUGUCAAACUGAUGUACUAGUAUAUAGAAAUGUAUAUAGAAUAAACAUUAGAAUGACUUCCUACUGUAAUGCACAGUAAGUUGAAUUCUGCUCUUUGCCUUCUGACUUGAAUGGGUUCCAGAUGAAAGUAAACCCUCUUUAAAGUAUCUUUGUUGUUCAUAAUUUCUAUGUAAUGCUUUGUAAAUCAAUUAAUAUUGGCGCAUUUAGCCUUUUUGGGGAACUGGUAAUCAGUUUUCAAUCUUUUACUAAUUUGCUUUCCCAAUUAAAUCACUUUUAUUUUAAAAAUGAGUACUCUGCAAAAAAGCAUGUUUGAAAAAGGUCAUCGCCAAGUCAUUAUAUAGUGACAAAUUUUGCAGUCUAG